AUGAACGUUUCCAAGGACAGGGAGCCAAUUGGUGCUCCGAACACCAACAGUACCACGAAAAUAGGUAAUGCUGCGACGGCCGUCAGGAACGCAGAAAUAACCAGAUACAUCAGUUCCCCACCGUUGGGGAACGCAAACAGAGAGAUCUUCUUGCGUCUGGUCACGUUCUUGACCAGAAUGGAUCCUUGCACGAAUUGUAAGGCCGCCAAUGAAAUCAGAGAGGAUAAUAAUCCAUCCAAGACCUGCGAAUUAAUGUGA